GUCAGUUCUCGUUCAAAGCUCUCACGCAAAGUAUCCAUUUAGUGUUGACUUUUCAGUGAAAAUAGACCCAUCAUGGAACGCUGGGAAGGCAAAGUCGCCCUAGUUACAGGAGCUAGUGCCGGGAUGGGUGCAGCUAUAGCUAAAGCUUUAGUCCUAAAAGGAUUAAAGGUUGCAGGCUUAGCCCGCCGCAUCGACCGCAUCCAAGACCUCGCCGCCUCCCUCUCCGACGCCCCCGGCCAGCUCCACCCCGUUCGCUGCGACAUCACCAACGAAGACGCCAUAUUAAAAUCCUUCAAGUGGAUAAGCGAAAAUCUCGGCCCCGUGCACAUCUUAAUCAAUAACGCCGGAUUAACCAGACCCACGAAUCUAGUAGACGGCGCCACCGAAGAAUGGCGCCGCGUUUUCGACGUCAACGUCAUGGCGUUGUGUAUCUGCACCCGAGAAGCUGUCAGAAUCAUGAGGGAGAACAAUAUCUCAGGUCAUGUGAUACACAUGAACGCUAUAGCCGGCCACUACGUCCCGAGCAUGCCCGAACCAAACUUCAACGUCUACCCGGCGUCCAAGUUUGCUGUUACAGCCCUGACGGAGAGUUUGAGGCAAGAGUUGAGGUAUCAUAAAACUGGAAUUAAAGUUACGAGUAUUAGUCCAGGGGUGGUCCGUACUGAAUUUCAGGAGGGAUUCCCGGAUGAUGGGACGAGAGAUGCUAUAGCUCAGAUGCCGGCCUUGCGUCCGGAAGAUAUAGCAGAGGCGGUUAUUUAUAUUUUGUCAACGCCGCCUCAUGUUCAGGUACAUGAACUUACUGUGCAUCCUCUUGGAGAGCUAUUUUGAUGAUCCAGAAGUUAUAUUAUGUAAUGCAGAUGUACCAUUGACAGAUCAUUAUUGCUUUUUGUAUAUUUGAUAAUAAUAAACUUUAUCUGACGUU